UCAAACACUCUCUCACAGAGGAAGGAUUCAGCAGCUAUGGGGCUGCAAUCUUGUACCUUCAGAAUUUCUCCCUUUUCAAUUCUCAAACCCCUCUCCAAUUUCCCGCCUGCUUUCAACCCUAUCCCUUCUCGAUUUCACCGUGUCCACGUCACCCGCCCGUUGACGUUCUUAGCCAGAGCACUUUCCUCCUCCGCCGCCGCCGCCGCUCCUCAAACCACCGCUACACCACCAGCCGCCUCGGAGACCACCGAUGAGAGUAAAGGUACAAAGGCGCCUCAGUGGAGAGCGGCCAUAGAUUUCAAAUGGAUAAGGGAUAACAAGGAGGCGGUUGCCGCCAACAUCAACAACCGCAACUUCAAUGCUAAUCUCGACCUUGUCCUUGAGCUCUACGAUAAAUUAUUGAAUCUUCAGAAGGAAGUUGAAAGGCUUCGCGCAGAGAGAAAUGCAGUUGCAAACAAGAUGAAGGCAAAACUGGAGCCCUCUGAGCGCCAGAAACUAAUCGAAGAAGGUAAAACUCUCAAGGAUGGUCUUGUCACAUUGGAAGAAGAUCUACUCAAGCUUACAGACGAGCUACAACAGCAAGCCCAAUGUGUGCCAAAUAUGACACAUCCAGAUGUCCCAAUAGGUGGAGAAGAGUGUUCUACUGUGAGAAAAACGGUUGGUAAACCUCGUGAGUUUAGUUUCUCUAUCAAGGAUCAUGUCCAGCUUGGAAAAGACUUGGAUUUAUUCGACUUUGAUGCUGCUGCCGAGGUAAGCGGGUCUAAGUUCUAUUACCUGAAGAAUGAAGCAGUUUUGUUAGAGAUGGGACUCGUAAACUGGGCAGUAUCAGAAGUUAUGAAAAGGGGGUUUACACCCCUUACGACGCCAGAAAUUGUCAGAUCUUCUUUGGUCGAGAAAUGUGGUUUUCAACCACGUGGAACUAAUACUCAGGUCUAUUCCAUUGAAGGUAGCGAUCAAUGCCUGAUAGGUACCGCUGAGAUUCCGGUCGGCGGAAUACAUAUGGAUUCAAUACUUGCUGAGUCAUCAUUACCGUUGAAAUAUGUGGCUUACUCCCAUUGCUUCCGCACCGAAGCUGGUGCUGCAGGCAGUGCAACUCGGGGCCUGUACCGAGUUCACCAAUUUAGCAAGGUGGAGAUGUUCGUCUUAUGCAGGCCGGAUGAAAGUAACUUCUUCCACGAACAACUUAUUGAAAUUGAAGAAGGCCUGUUCUCGUCUCUGGGACUUCAUUUUAAAACUAUGGACAUGGCGACACAGGAUUUGGGCGCACCAGCUUAUCGUAAAUUCGACGUCGAGGCCUGGAUGCCUGGAUUGGGUCGUUAUGGCGAGAUUUCAAGCGCCUCUAACUGCACAGACUAUCAAAGCAGGCGAUUAGGCAUUCGAUAUCGUCCAGAAGUAUCGACUCCGGCUAAAAAGGGUAUUAAAGGAAAUUCAGCUACGACUCAGUUCGUCCACACGCUGAAUGCCACAGCUUGUGCAGUUCCGAGAAUGAUUGUGUGCUUGCUCGAGAAUUACCAGCAAGAGGAUGGCUCCAUUGUUAUACCUGAGCCAUUGAGGCCUUUCAUGGGUGGUCUCCAGAUUAUUGCUCCUAAAUAUAAACAGGCUUGAGUUUUAGUACUAAUGAGGUUUAUGCAAUUUUUAUUCCUUCACAUUAACAUUUUUUUGUGCUAUUUAUUUCUUUUACUAUCUUCACAUGUAGAAUGCUAGGAAUUUAUAACCAUCUUAAUGAAGUUUUUAUUAUUUGGUGCAAUUUGGACUUUUAGAUUUCAUAA